AUUUCUCGACGCAGCCUUCUUCUCUACUAACGUUGUGAAAAACCUUCCUCCACACUUAUCAAAUAGGCUAGUUUCUGAGUCGAAUUUAUCCAGACUUUUUAUUUGAUUACACAUCGGUCUGUAAUCACAAACCAGUAAAUCAUUCAUAGUAAGAAACGCCGUAUAUUGUUUCAUUUAAAUGUGGAUUAUAUAAAUAGGGCUCUUCACGAAGGAGGACGAGGGAUCGAGGGACGCCGCCAUAUUUGCUCUUGCUAGCUAGUGCACUACAAGAUACGGGCUUUGUUUCGAGUACCCUUCAAUUUAGUACCCUUGUAUUUGUUCAUGAUGGAUGCGAUGGAUAAAAGACCUUUUGGUGCAGAAUAUAACUAUAAAAUGUCGGAAAAUGACAUAUCCAGAUUAAUAAAAUUGCGUGCAACGAAUGACGCCAUCUUCACUGGGAAGAGAAACUCUGCCAUGCCUGCCUGGAGAGCAAUGUUAGUAGAGUUGGGUCUCGAAGGGAAGCUUACAACCGGGCAAUUGAAAAAGAAGUGGGAAAACCUUAAAAAGAAAUAUAAGGAUUUUAAGUACCCUCCUCUUGGCAUGGAGAAAGUCAAUCCAAUGUCCUGGCGUUGGUUUCACCUCAUGGACGAUGCCAUCGAGGGCCGCCUAGCUGGGUCUGCCCGUAUCCUAAACCCUUCACUGUUUGAUUUUGGGGAAGUUGGGGACGUUUCAUUUGCGUCCUCUCCCACUACCUCUCCCAUAGCCAACAAGAGACUAUGUAUGAGGCCGGAGGGAGGUGAGGGAACAAACAUUUUUGAGUUCUGGGCCAAGGCACAGCUGGGGGAUAGUGUUGGUGCUGCGAGCACGGUAGCAGAUGGACAGGUGGCAUACACAGACGCAGCUACAGAGGAGAUCCGGAGGGCAGCGGUGGAGUGCGAGAGGGCCCUGCGAGAGGAGGGCAGGGGUGCAGCUCAGAAUGAGAGGGCCGCGCCUGACAAGAUGCCAGUGGGUGGGUAUGGGAGGACCAUGGCUGAGGAUGUGGAGACCAUAGCUGAAGACGGAAGAGCCAUGUUGGUGAGAAACCCUGGCAGGAACAUUGAGAGGGAGACUGCUGAACUAGAGAGGCAGAUAGCAGAUUUGGAGAAGGAGCGAGAAGUGUUAGAGAGGGAGCAGGCAGACUUUGACAGGGAGAGGUUGAUACUGGACAGAGAGAGGGAUGUGGUGAGCAGAGAGCGGGUGGCUGUUGAGCGAGGCAGAGCUUCACUAGACAAGGACAGAGCAGCGAUGGACAGGGAGCGAGCAGCAAUGGAACGGGAGCGAGCCAUACUGGACAGGGAUAGGGCGUCAAUCGAGAGAGAGAGGGCAGAGCUGCAGAAAGAAAAGGAAGCCCUAAUGAAAAGCAAGGUUUCCAGGAACAACGGCUCCACUGAUGUGGAACUGGACUCAUCCACUAUAGAAAAAAGAGAGAAACUGCUUUCCAUAUUUGAGAGACUUGUUGAUAAGCUGUGAAAGAUGAACAAUAAGUAAAGGUUGAAAAGGUGAAGGAUGUACUGCAGGUGAGAGUGCGCACAAGUCAUAAACAGGUUUCUAUGUCA